CCGCGGGAAGGGGCUGAGCUGCCCGCCGCCCGGAUGGGGAGCCUUGGCGCGCUCGCCCUCUGCCUGCUCCGGCUCCUGCUCCUGGGGCUGCAGCGGCCGCCGCUGCCCGGCGCCAGAGCGCAGAGCGCCGCAGGUGGCUGUUCUUUUGAUGAGCACUACAGCAACUGCGGGUAUAGUGUGGCUUUGGGAACCAAUGGCUUUACCUGGGAGCAGAUUAACACAUGGGAGAAGCCAAUGCUGGACCCAGCUGUGCCCACAGGGUCCUUCAUGAUGGUGAACAGCUCCGGAAGAGCUUCAGGCCAGAAAGCCCAUCUUCUUCUGCCGACCCUGAAGGAGAAUGACACCCACUGCAUUGACUUCCAUUACUACUUCUCCAGCCGAGAUCGCUCUAGCCCGGGAGCCUUGAAUGUCUACGUGAAGGUGAACGGUGGUCCCCAAGGGAACCCUGUCUGGAACGUGUCUGGGGUCGUCACUGAGGGCUGGGUGAAAGCAGAGCUUGCCAUCAGCACCUUCUGGCCUCAUUUCUACCAGGUGAUAUUUGAAUCCGUCUCUUUGAAGGGACAUCCUGGUUACAUCGCUGUGGACGAGGUUCGGGUCCUUGCUCAUCCGUGCAGAAAAGCGCCUCAUUUCCUGCGACUCCAAAAUGUGGAGGUGAAUGUGGGGCAGAACGCCACAUUUCAGUGCAUUGCUGGAGGGAAGUGGUCCCAGCAUGACAAACUUUGGCUCCAGCAAUGGAAUGGCAGAGACACGGCCCUCAUGGUCACUCGAGUGGUCAACCACAGGCGCUUCUCAGCCACAGUCAGUGUGGCAGACACCUCUCAACGCAGUGUCUCCAAGUACCGCUGCGUGAUCCGCUCAGAUGGUGGGUCUGGUGUUUCCAACUAUGCAGAGCUGAUUGUGAAAGAGCCUCCCACGCCCAUCGCUCCCCCAGAACUGCUGGCGGUGGGGGCCACCUACCUGUGGAUUAAGCCAAACGCCAACUCCAUUAUUGGAGACGGCCCCAUCAUUCUGAAGGAGGUAGAAUACCGCACCACCACGGGUACCUGGGCCGAGACCCACAUCGUGGACUCUCCCAACUACAAGCUCUGGCAUCUGGACCCUGACGUGGAGUACGAGAUCAGAGUGCUACUCACACGACCAGGCGAGGGGGGCACAGGACCACCCGGACCUCCCCUCACCACCAGGACCAAGUGUGCGGAUCCUGUGCAUGGCCCUCAGAAUGUGGAGAUUGUGGACAUUCGGGCGCGGCAGCUGACCCUGCAGUGGGAGCCCUUCGGCUAUGCAGUGACCCGCUGCCACAGCUACAACCUCACAGUGCAGUACCAGUAUGUGUUCAACCAACAGCAGUAUGAGGCUGAAGAGGUGAUCCAGACCUCUUCCCAUUAUACCCUGCGUGGUCUACGGCCCUUCAUGACCAUCAGACUGCGGCUCCUGCUGUCCAACCCUGAGGGCCGGAUGGAGAGUGAGGAGUUGGUGGUACAGACCGAGGAGGAUGUUCCAGGAGCUGUUCCCCUUGAGUCCAUCCAAGGAGGACCCUUCGAGGAGAAAAUCUACAUCCAGUGGAAACCUCCCAAUGAGACCAAUGGGGUCAUCACACUCUAUGAGAUUAACUACAAAGCUGUUGGCUCACUGGAUCCAAGUGCUGACCUGUCCAGCCAGAGGGGGAAAGUGUUCAAACUCCGGAAUGAAACCCACCACCUCUUUGUGGGUCUGUACCCUGGGACUACUUACUCCUUCACCAUCAAGGCCAGCACAGCCAAGGGCUUUGGACCUCCAGUCACCACCCGGAUUGCCACCAAGAUUUCAGCUCCAUCGAUGGCUGAAUAUGAUGCAGACACCCCGCUCAAUGAAACAGACACAACGAUCACGGUGAUGCUCAAACCAGCGCAGUCCCGGGGAGCCCCUGUCAGUGUGUACCAGCUGGUUGUCAAGGAGGAACGACUUCAGAAGUCCCGGAGAGCAGCUGACAUCAUCGAAUGUUUCUCAGUACCCGUGAGCUACCGGAAUGCCUCUAACCUUGAUUCUCUACACUACUUUGCUGCAGAGUUGAAGCCUUCCAACCUGCCUGUCACCCAGCCAUUUACAGUGGGAGAUAACAAGACCUACAAUGGCUACUGGAACCCUCCCCUCUCCCCACUGAAGAGCUACAGCAUUUACUUCCAGGCGCUCAGCAAAGCAAAUGGAGAAACAAAAAUCAACUGUGUGCGUCUGGCUACAAAAGGUGCUUCCACCCAGAACUCUAACACUGUCGAGCCAGAGAAGCAGGUAGACAACACGGUGAAGAUGGCAGGUGUAAUUGCUGGCCUCCUCAUGUUCAUCAUCAUCCUCUUGGGCGUGAUGCUGACCAUCAAAAGGAGAAGAAAUGCUUAUUCCUACUCCUAUUACCUGAAGCUGGCUAAGAAGCAGAAGGAGACACAGAGUGGAGCCCAGAGGGAGAUGGGGCCCGUGGCCUCAACUGACAAGCCCACCGCCAAGCUCAGCAGCAACCGAAAUGAUGAAGGCUUCUCCUCCAGCUCUCAGGAUGUUAAUGGAUUCAAUGGCAGCCGUGGAGAGCUGUCCCAACCCACCCUCACCAUACAAACUCACCCUUACCGGACCUGUGACCCUGUGGAGAUGAGCUACCCCAGGGACCAGUUCCAGCCGGCCAUCCGGGUGGCCGACCUGCUUCAGCACAUCACCCAGAUGAAACGAGGCCAGGGCUAUGGGUUCAAGGAGGAAUACGAGGCCUUACCAGAGGGACAGACAGCUUCAUGGGACACAGCCAAAGAAGAUGAAAACCGCAAUAAGAAUCGAUACGGGAACAUCAUAUCCUAUGACCACUCCCGGGUGAGGCUGUUGGUGCUGGAUGGAGACCCCCACUCUGACUACAUCAACGCCAACUACAUUGACGGGUACCACCGGCCCCGGCACUACAUUGCAACCCAAGGUCCAAUGCAAGAGACUGUGAAGGACUUUUGGAGGAUGAUCUGGCAGGAAAACUCUGCCAGCAUUGUCAUGGUCACAAACCUUGUGGAAGUGGGCAGGCACCCAGCGGAACACACUGUGGGAACUGCCACGCUAGGCCGUGCGGCGUCCCCCGGAAUGGUGAAGUGUGUACGAUACUGGCCUGAUGACACCGAGGUCUAUGGAGACAUUAAAGUCACCCUGAUUGAAACAGAGCCGCUGGCCGAAUACGUCAUCCGUACCUUCACAGUGCAGAAGAAAGGCUACCACGAGAUCCGGGAGCUCCGCCUCUUCCACUUCACCAGCUGGCCUGACCAUGGGGUUCCCUGCUAUGCCACUGGCCUUCUGGGCUUCGUCCGCCAGGUCAAGUUCCUCAAUCCCCCAGAAGCUGGGCCCAUAGUGGUCCAUUGCAGUGCCGGAGCCGGGAGGACCGGCUGCUUCAUUGCCAUCGACACCAUGCUCGACAUGGCGGAGAAUGAAGGGGUGGUGGACAUCUUCAACUGUGUGCGUGAGCUCCGGGCACAGAGGGUCAACCUGGUGCAGACAGAGGAGCAGUAUGUGUUUGUGCACGACGCCAUCCUGGAAGCAUGCCUCUGCGGCAACACCGCCAUCCCUGUGUGUGAGUUCCGUUCUCUCUACUACAAUAUCAGCAGGCUGGACCCCCAGACCAACUCCAGCCAAAUCAAAGAUGAGUUUCAGACACUCAAUAUCGUGACCCCUCGAGUGCGUCCUGAGGACUGCAGCAUUGGGCUCUUACCGCGGAACCAUGACAAGAAUCGGAGCAUGGAUGUCCUGCCUCUGGACCGCUGCCUGCCCUUCCUCAUCUCCGUAGAUGGAGAGUCCAGCAACUACAUCAAUGCAGCACUGAUGGACAGCCACAAGCAGCCUGCCGCCUUUGUGGUCACCCAGCACCCUCUGCCCAACACUGUGGCCGACUUCUGGAGGCUUGUGUUCGAUUACAAUUGCUCCUCUGUGGUGAUGUUGAAUGAGAUGGACACUGCUCAGCUCUGUAUGCAGUACUGGCCUGAGAAGACCUCUGGGUGUUACGGUCCCAUCCAGGUGGAGUUUGUCUCUGCAGAUAUUGAUGAAGACAUCAUCCACAGAAUCUUCCGGAUCUGUAACAUGGCUCGGCCACAGGACGGCUAUCGCAUUGUCCAGCACCUCCAGUACAUUGGCUGGCCUGCAUACCGGGACACGCCCCCCUCCAAGCGCUCACUGCUCAAAGUGGUCCGACGGCUGGAGAAGUGGCAGGAACAGUAUGAUGGGAGAGAGGGCCGCACUGUGGUCCACUGCCUAAAUGGAGGAGGCCGCAGCGGAACCUUCUGUGCCAUCUGCAGUGUGUGUGAGAUGAUCCAGCAACAGAACAUCAUUGACGUGUUCCACAUUGUGAAGACCCUACGCAACAACAAAUCCAACAUGGUGGAGACACUGGAACAGUAUAAAUUUGUAUAUGAGGUGGCACUGGAAUAUUUAAGCUCCUUUUAGCCUGGUUGGAUGGGGAACCUGCCAGAGUCCAGAGGCUGCUGCAGCUGCCCCUCUCUUUCUGUGACUGACAAUGACUGGUCUCAAGAGCUCAGAGGUGGCACACCUGCCCAACUCCAAGAAGAACUCUGGUGGUCUCUUCAGUGGGGUCUGCAGCUCCUGG